AUUCGGUGUACCAACUGUCAGUAAGACGAUCAGUAAUCUCACUAACACCAACCCUCUACGCCAAAAGGUAAGACAGUGCGAACCUGCAUUGUGAAAAGGGUAAGGAUUGGCUGUAUUGUGAUACGACAUGGUCCCUCAAACAAUUGCAUGCUUACCUACCCGUCAAUCCCCGUGAUUAUAUCCUUGAGAUGACAAACCAUGAAGAAAAAAAUAGUUCAAAACAUCCAGAAUGUGAAAAUCUGAUAUAAGGAAAUCUCUCACCGAACUCUAAAUGCACAACUUCGUCGUGGUCUUUCUCCCUUUAUUGUCCUCGGAACCGUAAUGAUGUCCAUCACUUGUGAUGCUUUCAACGACUAAAGACCAUUACUCUCGGGGGGUUUACAUUGGGGAAUUUCUAACCGCCAACCGGAGAAAAUGACGUAUUACGAACCGAACACGCCAGAAACAGGCGGCCCCCUGGCUGUGUCAACAUUAUUCGGAGUCAUCGCUUUGCUUUCUUGCGUGGCCCGAGCAUGUAUCAUAAAGCAAAGAGGCGAGAAGUUUCACCCGCAGGAAUUAUACCUGCUAAUUGCUCUGGUGCUGGUGUUCUCGUCUCUCGGUCUUCAGUGGGCUUGCGUUGUCAGGGGUGGAACCGGUAGACACAUUGGCGACAUAAACAGGUUAGAUGCAGUUCUUACCCUUAAACUUAUCAUCCCAUUUGAGGCGUUAUACGGUGUAACCCUUAUGUUCGUGAAGUGGUCUAUUUUACUUUUUUAUCAACGCGUAUUCGGUGCCAGCAAGUCGAUAUGGUGGGUUACAUACGCAGUUAUGGCGAUCAUCUUUUUAUGGAUGGUUUCGGUUAUCCUCGAGACAUUUCUCCUCUGCCGACCUCUCGCAUACAAUUGGGAUACAUCCAUCGAAGGUAGCUGCGGAGAUCGUAAUACUGUUUACGUUGUGGCUGGCGCCACCAACAUGGCCACGGACUUUAUGGUCUUGUUGGUCCCCGUGCCAAUCAUUUGGAAGCUGAAAAUGCCGGUCUCGCAACGGGUCGGUCUUAUGGCCACAUUUGGCCUUGGUCUCUUUAUCACAGCAAUUUCCAUAAUACGUCUCAAGUCCCUCAUAGAUAUCUCCUUUACCGAUCCGACAUGGACAUUGCCGAUGGGAUUACUCUGGACUGUCCUCGAACCCGAGCUAGCCAUCCUCGUCGCGAACUUCCCCUUCAUGAGGCCAUACCUUUCUAAAUUAUUUCCGAAGGACUGGUCAAUGUCGCCUUCGUCAUGGAGGAGUCGCAAAGAGGACCGUGAAAAUUUCGAAAGGCUCGAAGCCGACAGGGCAGCCGUGCCACUACAAACUAUUGGUGGCGGAUGGACAGGGGGGUCAAGUUCCGCUGCUGCCGCUGCAAAACCAAAGCCAAGAAGCAGUGAGACGGCGGAAAGUGAUGGGACUGGCUCGGAGAAAGAACUGACGAGUAGUUCGAAUGCUGGCAUUGGAGUGGAUACCAUGUGGUCAGUUAGUAGAGAAUAAUUCUACAUUAAGCAUACAUCCAAGUUCCCAGCAGCCGCAAGUCUUCAAAUCUGGCUAGGCAGGUAUUGUCUUAGCCCCCAAGAGGGAACUAAAUUGUGACCCCCAAUGCAUAAGACGCGGGAAGCAUGACAAGGGUCGUGUCUAACACUAGCCUACCAGCUAAGUCGCUGGGAAUCAUUCUG